CAGAUAAAAACCCGGGGUUGGCCGUGGCAGGAGGAAGACGCGCCCGCGGCCGUGGUGCUUCACCAGCUCGGGUGGAGCUUCCCCUCCCCGUGGCCGCGCGGCCCCACGCCAACCCCCGCUCCCGGCCCUCCGGCAUGAAGGUCCUGCUGGUGUUGCUCCUGGCGCUGGUAGCCACAGCCUCGAGGAACGUCCUGUGGGUGAUCGAGGGGACCUCCUGCGACCUGCCCUGGCAGGCUGCCCUCUUCAAAGGCGAGAAGUUCAUCUGUGGGGGGACACUGGUGGCCAGGAACUGGGUGCUGACGGCUGCCCACUGCCACGUCCCCGGCAUCAUCAACGUGCGUCUGGGGGGCCAGAGCCACAAGGACUCGGGUGACACCAAGCAGUGGCGCCGCUCGGCCAAGGUCUUCAAGCACCCGCGCUACAACGAGACCAACAAGGACGGCGACCUGAUGCUCAUCAAGUUCCUCCUCCCCGCCCACGUCAACAAGCACGUGAAGCCGCUGCCGUUGGCCACCCACUGCCCCGUGCCCGGCACGACCUGCCAGAUCUCCGGCUGGGGGUCCACCACCAGCCCUGAAGUCACCUUCCCCGAGGACCUCCACUGCGCCAAGGUCACCAUCGUCUCGGAGGAGCAGUGCCGGCGCAUCUACUCCGACUCCAUCACCACCAACAUGGUGUGCGCGGGCGAGUCCCGCAGCCGGGCUGACUCCUGCCAGGGUGACUCCGGGGGACCCCUCAUGUGCGAUGGGCGGCUCCAAGGUAUCGUCUCUUGGGGUCCGGGCGUCUGCGGAGACCCCAAAAAACCCGGCGUCUACGUCAACCUCUGCAAAUACACCUGGUGGCUCCAGGACACCAUGAGAAGGAACUGAGCCCCCGGCCCCACCAGCCCUGGGAUGGACCCCACAGCUCCUCCUCCUCCUCCUCCCUGAUGAAGGUCCCCAGAGCCGGCCGGUCCGAGCGCUGGGGCACAAGCCCUGGGCAGGGGUGGGGGCGGCGGGUGGAGGCAGGGGUUGACCAUGGUGGGGGGUCCUGUUGAGACGUCCACGAAUAAAGUUUUUUUCGA